CCGGGCUCAUACCUGCCAGUGCCACAUUCCUGAGCCACAGUAGCACCCAGCAGGCACCCAAGGGGCCACCAGAUACGUAAUGUGCUGCUCAUAGUCUCCUCAUUGGGGGUCCCAGGAUGUCGCUGGACCAUGCCAACCGGACCAAGGGGGGCACAUUUAACCGGCCAGAUGGCCCGGCGGAGGUGCCGGCGGAAGUGGAGAUCAGUAAGGAGGAGAUGAGAAUCCUGAAAGUGUGCUUCCACAGUAACAGCUCCAACCUGGUAAAAAAUUUCAAGCUGGUGAAAUGCAGCAUCUACACGGAUAUACAGGAGAUUAUCAGCUCAAUACUGCUGAGCGGUCGGAUAGGGCCGGACAUCAAACACGUUGAGUGUUACGGUCUGCGUCUGAAGCAUCUGAAAUCCGUUACCUGCCCGAAGACUUCAAUGAAAGUUUUAAAAAGGACAAAACUACCUUGUUAUAUUUCUAUCAGCAGCUCAGAAAUGACUACAUGCAACAAUACGCAACGAAAGUGAGCGAAGGCAUGGCCUUGCAGCUGGGAUGCCUGGAACUCAGGAGGUUUUAUAAAGAUAUGCCCCAGAACGCUCUCGAGAAGAAAUCCAACUUCGAAUUUUUAGAGAAGGAAGUGGGACUGGAUUUGUUCUUCCCAAAACAGAUGCAGGAGAGUUUGAAGCCUAAACAAUUCCGCAAGAUGAUCCAGCAGACAUUCCAGCAAUACGGAUCCCUCAAGGAAGAGGAAUGCAUUACGCGCUUUAUGAACACCCUUUCCACUUUCACCUCCAUCGAUCAAGAAACCUACAGAUGUGAAUUAGCGCAAGGAUGGAGCAUCACUGUUGACUUGGUUAUAGGCCCCAAAGGCAUUCGGCAGCUGACUACCAAGGACUCUAAGCCGACAUGCUUUGCCGAAUUCAAGCAGAUAAAGUCCAUCAAGUGCUCGUUGCUAGAAGAUGGCUGGGCCUUGCUGUUACUGGGUAUAUCGGGCGCCCCACAGCCUUUAGCCAUAAAAACAUCGUCGUUGGCAGUGGCGGAAAACAUGGCCGACCUCAUCGACGGUUACUGCCGGCUGCAAAACGAGUCGAAAGAUUCGCUCAUUGUCAACCCCAAGAAAGAUAAUGAGAAGAGGAUCAGCCUGCCCCAGAUCCCAACUGAAGAAGUACAAGUGCGGCGAUCCAGGCUAGUGGAGGGGAACAGUAUGGAGUCAGACAUAUACGCAGAGAUUCCGGAGGUGACUGAGACAAAGCUUACAAAUAACCGUUUCACCAUCAGCCGAAGCGACGUGGCGCUGGGGAGGAUCCUGGGAGAAGGCUUUUUUGGGGAGGUCUACGAUGGCGUCUAUGUGAAACCGAAGGGUGACAAGAUCAACGUGGCGGUAAAGACCUGUAAGAAUGACUGCGCCGCCGACGUCAAGGAGAAAUUCAUGAGUGAAGCGUAUCUGAUGAGGAACUUGGACCACCCGCAUAUAGUAAAACUAAUUGGCAUCAUUGAAGACGACCCAAUAUGGAUUGUGAUGGAGCUGUACCCGUACGGAGAGCUUGGGCAGUACCUAGAGAAAAACAAGAACUCCCUGCAGGUUCUCAGCCUCAUCCUCUACUCACUACAGAUCUGCAAAGCCCUCGCCUACUUAGAGGGAAUAAACUGCGUCCACAGGGACAUUGCUGUACGGAACAUUCUGGUAGCUUCUCCUGAGUGUGUGAAACUGGGAGACUUUGGCCUUUCUCGGUACCUAGAGGAGGAAGAGUAUUAUAAAGCUUCAGUCACCCGGCUGCCAAUCAAGUGGAUGGCUCCGGAGUCCAUUAAUUUCCGGCGGUUCACCUCGGCCAGCGAUGUCUGGAUGUUUGGAGUCUGUAUGUGGGAGAUACUCUCCUUUGGGAAGCAGCCAUUUUUCUGGCUGGAGAACAAAGACGUGAUCAGCGUAAUCGAGAAGGGAGAUCGCCUGCCCAAACCCGAGAUGUGCCCGCCGACCCUCUACACCCUGAUGACGCGCUGCUGGACUUAUGACCCUUUUGAGAGGCCGAAAUUCACCGAGCUUGUUUGUAGCCUCAGUGAUAUUUAUCAGACAGAAAAAGAGAUCAUCAAAGAUAAAGAGAGGAACAACCGCCAGCGGCCUCCUAAAAUCAUUGAGCCUCCUCCCAUGCAAGAACCUCCCCCAAAGCCUAGCCGGCCCAAAUACAAGGCAGCCGCGCCCGGAAAUCUGCUGGCACCUAACCUACUGACCCAGGUACCAGAGAGUCUAUGUGCCAGCUCUCCUACUCUCUGUAGCCCAACUGACUACCAGUCUCCACUGGAUUCCACCCGCAGCCCACCACUGCCGCGCCAUAGCAUCUUCAAACGCCGCAGCAUGAGGGAGGAAGACUUUGUAAAACCGAACAGCAAAGAAGAAGCUCAGAAACUGUGGGAAAAGGAAAGGGACAAAAUGCUACAGGUCUUAAACCGACAGCAACAACAGAUGGAGGAGGACGGCAAGUGGUUGAAGCAGGAGGAGAAGUCACUGGCCAAUACUCUCAAGGAUUCAAAGCAAAAAACAAACAACAACAAGCCCCCUGAUGCACUUCCAGAGAAAGAACUGGCGUACACUGAAUUCACAGUCCCCCCACAGAAGCCUCCCAGGUUAGGGGCACAGUCCCUACAACCCCUACAGCCCACACCUACGGCCAACAUUGACCGGACAGAUGACGGUGUGUACCAGAGUGUGAUGGAGCUGGUAAAGGCGGUUCUGCAACUGAAGAAUGACAUCUACCAGCUCCCUCCGGAGGGAUACGUUGCCGUUGUUAAGAAUGUGGGGCUGACCCUUAGAAAACUCAUUGGAAGCGUCGAUGAGAUCCUUCCUUCUCUCCCACAGAAUUCCCGCACUGAGAUUGAAGGGACCCAGAAGCUCCUAAGCAAAGACCUGGCGGAGUUAAUCAACAAGAUGCGCCUGGCCCAACAGAACGCCGUGACGUCGCUGAGCGAAGAGUGCAAGAAGCAGAUGCUGACGGCGUCGCACACCAUGGCCGUAGACGCCAAAAAUUUGCUGGAUGCCGUGGACCAGGCCAGGGUCAGGGCCAAUUUAGCCAAGGUGGCCGCUGAGUGACACGGAUUCACCUCUCCAAAAAGAGACGUCGGUGUUCCUAUUGGUGUCCCCGUGAAUCCUUCCCAACGGCUUGUAAAAUACUCUGCUGCUAUCAGAACCUGACUGAAUGGGUCCCCGCAUAGAACCCAGAGGAAAGUCCGUAUUUGGAGACUUGUGCUGAAGCAGUGGCCCCCGGGGCCCCUCACCUCGCUGCCAUAAAGCAACAGGCAACUUUGUUACAUGAAAAGGAACUGGAACCUCAACGACUUUCAUCGGAACAUUUUGGGAACAUUUCUGAUUAACGUGUGGAAAUGGUUUACACUGAGGGUGGAACAACCCAACGGGCUCGCGCCAACCUCCGUUUACUUACCGGGAACAGAAAUGACAAGAACUGGAGAUGGAAAUACUGUCUAAAAGCAGAAUGAUCUUCCUCACAAAUAUUAUUAUCUCAUUGCUUUUUUCCGUUCGUCCCUUGUGAGAUGUUGUGGCAAAACCAAUUCUGGUUUCCGCUGCCCUCGGAAUGGGGCAAAGGGGCCGCGUAUAAAGGGUGCGUGCCGUAACCUGAGGUGUCAUUUUGGCUACAUCCGUUCCCAAAGCCGGCCAUACGCAUUCAGAUUAUAGUCUUCUUCCCGCGAAUGUAUUGUAAAUUGUAGGAUAAAGCCGUAAAUAUAACCAAUGGGAUGAGGUUCUGAGCAUGAAAUAGUUACAGGCACCAAUGGUACCAAAGUGACUCCCAUUGUAGGGCCCCAAGGGUAUCGGCAGAUACACAAUACUGCGCAGAUUUUAUCCUUAUCCAACCGGAAUUUUCUAACCCGUCCAACCGACUAAACGACCGAUGGUACGAAAAUUAUCGGGAUGAUAAUUUGGAAACCCCCACACGGUCCGAUAAUCGUGCACAACUGUGUUUCUUAUGAUAAAAGAUUUUGAUCGGGCGCCCCAGUAUCAGACUGGGGGGUGAAGGGCCCACCGGGGCAUCUAAUCGCCCCCCCUCAGGGGCCCAUCACCCUACGUCCUACCCCGAGCGCGGAAAUUUAACGCUUCAGGGGAGGAGCUGUCGGGCAGGGGGAGCAUCGGCAAAGGGUCAGGUCUGGGCUGCCAGGGCCCAUCGGGAUUUUUCCCGGUGUCCCGGCGGCCCAGUUCGACCCUGGGGCGCCCGAGCAAAAUCUACGUUCAGGGCUGAAUUGGCAGAAGAAGGUAGAAAUCCUAUUGUUUCUACCUCAAUAUCUAACGAUUCAGCCCUGAACGUCUGUGGAGGAAGGAAAAGAUGGGAAAUCCCUACAAGUAUGGCCACCUUUAGUGCGGAUAUCUCUGGCUAUAACUCCAAGGAACUGCAGAAAUAACUGAAAUUUAGAGAUAUAGUCAAAGGUAUCCCAAAAUGAUAUUAAUGGCUAUAGCCUAGGUAUAGCCCAACCCCACUCUAUCUGUAAGCAGCUACGGAAAUAACAGCCUAUGGAAUCCUGAGGGAUCACAUGGGGGGUAACUCUGGAUACACCUGUAUUUAGCCAAAAUGGCUACACCAGAUGUAGCCAAAAUGAAUCCCAAAGUGCAAUGCCAGGCUGUCUCUGAUAGCUACAGAUAUGGCCAGAAUUGUCCCAAUGUGAUAUCUAAAGGUGCCCAUACAUGGGAAGGGUGCGAAGCAAGUAGAUCUUCUCCCGAUAUGCCCGCCUAAAGGAGGGCAAAAUCGGACUAAUUCUAUUGUUUGGCCCUAGGGUUGAAUUACAACGGCAGCUAUAGGCGCUGCCGGACUGAGUGCCACAUCAACGAGACAAUGCUGUGCCCAAUCCAAUGGAAAAUCAAUCCUGCCCGAUCAUGAUCUGCCCAAUUUUAGCCCAGAUAUCGGUUGGGUUGGCCUGUCAGGGGUGCCCAUACACGUGCAGUUAAUUAUCCGAAUUGGUCUGAAGGAUUCAUACUAGCAUCUGUAUGGCCACCUUCCCAGAUGUAGCCAAAAUAAAUCUCAAAGUGCAAUCCCAGGCUUCCCCUGAUAGCCACAGAUAUGGCCAGAAUUGUCCCGAUGUGAUAUCUAAAGGUGACCAUACAUGGGAAGGGCGCCAAACAACCGGAUCUUCUCCAGAUAGGUCCACCUAAAGGAGGGCAAUAUUGGACUAAUUUGAUUGUUUGGCCCUAGGGUUGAAUUACAGCGGUGGCCAUAGGCACUGCCGGACUGAGGGCCGCAUCAACAAGACAAUGCUGUCCUUAAUCCAAUGGAAAAUGAAACCUGCCCGAUCAAGAUCUGUCCAAUUUAGCCCAGAUAUCGGUUGGGUAGGCCCAUCAGAGUUGCCCAUAUACAGUCAGAUAAGCUGCUGAAUUGGUCUGAAGGAUUUAAACUUGCAUCUGUAUGGCUGCCUUCCCGGAUGUAGCCAAAAUGAAUUCCCGGGCUACCCCUGAUAGCUACAGAUAUAGCCAGGGAUAGCCCAGGGACAGCUGGAGAUACCACAUUUAGAUAACCCUGGCUACACCUGUAGGAGAAAUAACUGUCUGUAGUAGCCUAGGGUCUCAUUUUGGGAUAAUUAUUAAUUAGUGCUCCCUCUGUAACGAAAAGGGGCAACUGGCUGCUGUAUCCAUGGUAUCUUUGUCUAUAGAGGUUUAUAGGGUCACAUUCACAGUGAGAGAUGUACAGUUUGCCUGGGGCAAUAAAUGGAACAAAAUAAGUGUCUGUUGCACAACAUGUAGAAAUAUAACAUGGGGGGGGGGUACCAAUGUAUUGCGUGAGCUUAAUGGACAUUUUAACCCCAAAAAAUAAGUUUUUGUCUAAUAAAAGAAAACAUAAUUUUUUAUUAGGCAAAAAAUUAUAUUAUGGGUUGACUUGUCCUUUAAAGUUUACUGCCUACACUUGGGCAUGAAUGCCCUUUCCAUAUGCCAGGGAUACCCAUUAGUCUCCAAUGACACUUCCCAGAAUCCAUUGCCCUAGUUUCACUGGAACUGGGGGAACAGCUGGGGGUCUCUGCUCUGCAUCAACUCCCAGCACCCCAGCACCAACUCCCAGCACCCCAGCACCAACUCCCAGCACCCCAGCCCCAACUCCCAGCACCCCAGCCCCAACUCCCAGCACCCCAGCACCAACUCCCAGCACCCCAGCACCAACUCCCAGCACCCCAGCACCAACUCCCAGCCCCAACUCCCAGCCCCAACUCCCAGCACCCCAGCACCAACUCCCAGCACCCCAGCCCCAACUCCCAGCCCCAACUCCCAGCACCAACUCCCAGCACCAACUCCCAGCACCAACUCCCAGCACCCCAGCACCAACUCCCAGCACCCCUUCAACAUUCCGAUCCCCCCCAAAAUGCCCCUGACAAACAGGAAGUGCGUGUUGGCGCGUCCCAGGUUUCCCUUUUGUACAUAGUUUGCCUUUUCCUUUGAAAUUCUUUCCAGGUUUAAAUAUAAAUGGAUUUUAAUAUGACGUCUAUUUUCUUUCCUCCUGUGGGGCUGGAAGCAGCAGAACUAUAACUCUGGGAUCUGAGAAACGUUAUGUGGGUCUGUAUUUUGCCGUCUUCAUUCCAAAAAAAAAAAGAUUUUAUUUAAAUGUAUUAUAUAUACAGUAUAUAAAAUUGAGCAGGAAUGUGAUGGCGCCACUGAGGCUGAACUGUAUUUAUUACUAUACCCGCUCUGGGGCAAGUGUGGGGCACAGCAUAUAGUGGGGAUAGAGGCAGAGAGGUGGAAUUCUGGGUAAUAAAACAUAUAAAAACAAAUACAGUCUGUCUGAGGGGUAGAAAUAUAUGUAUAAAUCUAGUGGCAUUGCCAGGCAUACAGGGAAUACGUAUAAUUACAUGGAACCUGGAACCCAGCCAUACUGGGCGCACUGGUCUCUUCAUGCUAUUGUUUUAUUGUAUUGACUUUUAUAUCUAAUGGAUGUUUUAUGGGUGUUUUUCUACGUCUGUAAGCUGCCAUCUUGCCGUAAGUCCGGCCCACUCCUCCCAAGUCACUGACUCCGCCUGUGUACGUGCAGAAUGAGUAGCCAUUGGUAUAUCCUGUACAGAGGGCGGUACUUGGAGACUCAUAGAGGGGUGUUGCCCAGAAAGUAUCUGGACAUUCACCUGCCCAAUAUUACCCAAACCAAGGGGAUUCAUAAAAAUAUGCCCCUCCCUUUGCUGCUAUAACUGCCCCUGCCCCUCUGGGAAGGUUCCCACUAGAUGGUGGAGUUGCUGGGAGUUGCUCCCAUUCAGCCACAAGGGCAUUAGUGAGGUUGGGCAGUGAUGUUGGGGAUCAGGCUCAUAGUCGGGGUUCCAUCCCACAGGGGUUCAGUUGGGUUGGGUCAGAGCUCUGUGCAGGUUCUUCCCAUCUCAGCAAACCCAUUCUGUAGGGCCCAUCUCUGUACAUGGGGGACAUUAUUGUGCUGAAACAGGAAAGGGCCCCCCCCAAACUAUUCCACAAAGUAGGGAGCACAGAAUUGCCGGGAAUGUCACUGUACCCUGUAGCCUUAAGGUUUCACUGGAACCAGGGGCCCAAAGCAUUGAAACAGCCCAUUGUGUGCCCAGAACAUUCCUUCUCUGUAUAUUUGUAUUUAUACAUAUGGGUAGGGGGUGCCAUAGUGUUUCCCUUAGACAGUACAGUAUGGGGGGAAUGCUGUGGGCCCGUUACUCCCCUUGCCGUUGGUACUAAUCCCGGGGCCACUGUAUGAAGCCGCUUGUCUCUGUGUGACUGCUCAUUCCCUGCCCACGUGCCGCCGCUGCUGCUGUAUGUAAUGCUGUACGGUUCCCCCCUGUGUGUAAUAUACAAGCCCGGCCCAUUGCUGGAGCCAUUUGUAAAUAAUCCUCUAUUAAAGGCCACAUUACUAAAA